AUGACUUCGACUCUCAACGCCGUCUCCUCUGCUAACGGAGCGUCGGGCAACAAUUCCAUGCCUCAGAAUUCCUCCUCUGCCACAUCGAGACCAGCCAUGCGCUCGAAUAAUGCCACUCUCAAAACCACCACCAGCACCGAUGGAAGUCGAAGGCAGGCUUCGAGCCCCGUCGAUGCUGCCCAGAGGCGCAAUAAUCCCCCAAAGGCCUGGACACAACCUACGAACCCUAUUUCUCAGAAACCCUCAUAUCCAAAUCAGAACAGAGGAGCUCCACAGCGGAAAUCUACACUCUCCCCCAAGCCAAUGGCGUCGAACAGGGAGUCUAAUACACCUGACAUGCAUGCCAAUGAUCGCCUCACCUUUCUUUUGGCAGCCUGCAUCGGUUUGAACGCUACCAUCACAACCAGGAGCGGAGAGAAAUAUUCGGGUAUUUUUUCGGGCUCAUCGCUGGAGUCGAAUGAGUCCUCAUUCACACUUAAGAUGACACAACGUUGUUCCUCCCCACAGCCAGACCGCAGCAGGUCGAAUGGCCUCAGCGACCACGCUAGCCCUUACAUGGGAUCAGGCGUAGAUUACCAGAUGGUUUUUAAUGUCCAGGAUAUUGUGGAUGUCGGUGUUGAAAACGUCACCACGUCGGGAAUCGCCGCGAAGGAACAGAAUGGAACCCCAACGGGAUUUAAAACCGAUGCUGAUAUCUCUGGUGGCCAUGCGAUUCGGGAAAGAGAACUCCAGCGUUGGGAACCUGGUACGGACGCACCUGCCGAUAUGUCCUUGGAAAGCUCAGGCUCCGCAAACUGGGACCAAUUUGAAGUAAAUGAGCGCCUUUUUGGGGCGACUACAAGCUACGACGAAAAUUUGUACACUACAAGAAUCGAUCGUUCGGACCCAUCGUAUAAGCGCAAAGAAGCUGAGGCAGCUAGAAUCGCACGCGAGAUCGAAUCCAGUGAUACAGAUAAUGUCCACAUGAGAGAAGAACGUGGCUUGGUCGCUGAAAAUGAUUACACAAACGAAGAGGACAAAUACAGUGGUGUUCGUCGUGAUGAUUUCCCUCCUCUGCAAUCAGGGCAACCGAACAAAUAUACCCCACCUGCGAGAAGAGCACCCACUAGCCACCCGACCGUGCCUGGCGCUCCUGUAGAUCCAGCAAUCAUCAGUGCCCAAAUUGCGAGGCCUGAGAUGCUAACCAAACAACCAACUCAACCCAAGGUUACCGUUACGGCUUCGCAGAGCUCUAUUACUGAAGUACCCAAGGACAAGGCAUCAGAGCCAAAUAAGCCUACCCCGUCUGUUAAACCCACAGCUAGUUCCGAACAAAAGGACAUUACCUCCUCCACGCCCGCGUCGAAUUCCACUGGUCCUCCAAAGCGUAAUGGAGCAGAGAAUGCCUCGUCCAACGUGGAGGCCGAAGUGCUCGAUCAUUUCCGCCAGUUCGCGAACAACGAAAAAAUGAAACUUCAAGAACGCCGUCGUAAUCAAGCUUCCUACGACCGGACAAUUUAA